UUAUUAACAAAAUUAUAUAAUUUCGUGUGUAAUAAGUGCUACAAUGAAAAUAAAAUUAGCUAUGUUAUCAAAACGCGUGUGCAAAGGAAUCGAGGGAAAAAGAAGCUUGAGCAUGCGCAAUAAAGACAACGCGUUCGAGAAUCGUGGCGGGCCAAGCUAUGUUCAUUCAGUUUGCCGGUACUAUUUGCUCGCUGCGGUUGUCGUGAUUUUGGAAAUGUAUUCACUUCGAAUGGUUGGCUGUCACGUGUUAUUCGUAUCCAUCAGAAUUUCCAAUUUCGCGAUAGUUUAAGUCGCAAUAACAGUAAUAACGGUUUCACAUGUUUCGAAACGCAACGUGAUCGUAAUUGAUGAACGUUUACGAAGUAUCGUGUCAGAGAAGUCGUUUAGAUCUAUGAAUACAACACAGAUCGAAUUAUUCAUGUGAAAUAUACGUAUAAGAUUAAAUGAAGUUCAGUAACGUACUGGUAGAGACGAGUGAAAAUAUUUAUGAGGAAAUUUGUGAAGUUUUACGAAGAUUUAAAAUAAUCAUUGAACUGUGUGUUCGAUUUCACAGUCAGUUGUGUUUUUCCUUCUCAAUAUAUAUUAUUGCGGAAAUUGUGGUUAUGGUGAUUGAGUCUAGAAAUGCGACAGAUCUUUACAUGUUACCGCCUUACAUUCGCAAUACAUCUAUGAUUACCUGUAUUAUAGUGAUGGUUCUUGGCAUAAUUGGAAAUCUUAUGGUACCAAUCGUCGUGUUUCGAGGUAAAGAUAUGCGGAAUAGCACGAAUAUUUUUCUGGUGAAUUUGAGUGUAGCGGAUCUCUGCGUUCUCUUGAUCUGUACACCAACCAUUCUUGUUGAGGUGAAUUCUGGACCAGAAAUCUGGCCGCUUGGUGAACAUAUGUGUAAAGCUGUACCAUUUGUUGAAUUAACCGUAGCACACGCUUCAGUUUUGACGAUUCUAGCCAUCAGUUUUGAACGGUAUUAUGCAAUUUGUGAGCCCUUACGAGUUGGAUAUAUGUGCACAAAGGCUAGAGCGACAUUUCUUUGUUUCGUGGCGUGGAUUGUGGCAGCGAUUUGCACCAGUCCUAUCCUAUUAAUGGCUACAUACGAGGAAGAGAAUAAGGAUGGUACAUACAUUCCGACCUGUUACACCAAAGCAAACACAUAUUGGACAAUCAGUUUCGUCUUAUUCACAAUAAUCGUAUUCUUUGUAAUACCAUUCUUGAUUUUGGUAGUUCUAUACACAGUUAUAGCACGCCAUCUGAUGACGAACCCAACAAUUAGCCGUGGCUCGUCGAACAACUUGCUCAAAUAUCGCAAGCAGGUAAUGCUCAUGCUAGGAACAGUGGUACUCUGUUUCUUCUUGUGUUUAUUACCAUUUCGAGCAUUAACACUUUGGAUCUUAGUUGUCCCGAUUAAGGUGAUUCUCGAUUUUGGUAUCGAGCGUUACUUCACUCUGCUCUAUUUCUGCCGAGUGAUGUUAUACUUGAACUCCGCCAUUAAUCCUAUUCUCUACAAUUUAAUGUCAACGAAAUUCAGGGAAGGAUUCCUUAGAUUAUGCGGUUUGGGUCCUAAUAGAAGAAAGAAGAAGAAAACGUCGGACAAAACUGGUACUUAUACUACUGGCUCAACCAAUUGCAGUAGCAACCACUCAGACUUCUGGAGAAGACAUAGCAGUAAUAAGAGCAGCAGUGUUAAGGCGCCGUGCAAUUCGACCAUGGAGAAACAAACAAAAGUACCACUUCAGACGACGGUCAUUAGCGGAAAUAUUGUUAAGAAAAAACAGGAAAGUUACGUUUAAAGUAAUGGGUACUAGGAUAAUUUUUUAAGACUGUGAUCAUUCGAAUCAUUCCAUAACAUUUUAAUAUCAUUCAGUAUUGUUCAUAUUUAUAUGUGGAUUGUAUUUUAUAAAAUAUUUAUAUGUUAAAAAUAUGAAAAAAAUUAAAAGAUGAUUCCAAUUUAAUUAUUAUUAAAUAAUAGUUUAAUACUCAUUUUGUUCUUAUUAUUUAUAUCUAUUUUUAUUGUACUAUUUAUAUCUUCAAUAACGAACUAGGAUAAUCUUAAUUAAUUAGGAAUCGUAAAAAAUUAUUUUUUAAUAAUAACUUACUUAAAUUAUUUUAUUUUUUACAAAAAUAUCAAUCUACAUAAGAUUAUGAACGAUACAUUAGGAUCGAAUUAUAUAAAAUUUUACAUAAAAUCUGUGAUCACUAAUUAUGUAAAUGUUUACCGCAUAAGUAUUAUAAUGAAGAAUAAAAAAUAUAAAUGAAAGAAAGACUAAAGAUAAAAAUAUAAAGUAAGUGAAAUUGAAUGAUUUUUUAAAAAUCAAAUAGAUAUUUGUUUACUUUAUUUACUAUAUGAUAUUAUUUAUUCAAAUCUUGUUGUAAUUUUUAUAAUCAAAUGUAAAUAAUAUUUAAAAUAGCAUACUAAUUUUCUACAAAAAUCUUGAGUUCCUAUGCGCUCAUUAAAGAUAUAAUUAUAAUAAUUGUUAUAAUUAAGUCAAAUACUGUUUCAUCAUUUUAUAUCAAUCUUAAAUAUAAUUAUGAUAACUAUUAUAAAAUAAUUAGAAGUAUUUUUAAAAAUAUAUAAAGUAUAGCUAUUUUUCAUGUAUUAAAACUAUUGGAAAAGUGAUGAAACUAGUCUACAAGCUUUAAAUAAUUUAUUUAAAUAAUAAAUAUAACAAGAAAUAUAUACAUUGAUAUUUUUGCUGUAAUCGCGUAUAAUUAUUAAAACUUUAUUGCUCAUAACGUAGCAAUAAAUAACAAAUUGAUUUAAUUAUAUAUUAAAUUAUUCCAGUAAUCAUUAAUUGUAUAGUAUUCUUUCUCGGUUCCUAUACAUAUAUAUAAAAGAAUUUGUAUUUUAUUUUUAUCAUAAGAAUGAAUUGAAUAUUCCUAAUCAAUUGCAAAAGUUAAUUUUCACAAUCGUUCACAAAUUUAUUAUUAAUGCUUAAUACGAAAUAUCUACGAGAAAAUAUUAUUUUUAUUAUGCAAAAUAUACGUUUCUGUAAAUAUUUUGUAAAAUAAAGAGAAGUUAAAAUA